AUGGGAAGUACAACAUUGCUGAGAAAAGGCUCGCGGCCUAGCUUUGAUGCUCUGCCUCUUCGCCAGGGCGACCCCAAAGCAUCCGCGUGGGGCUUAUGGGGAGGCGAUGAUGAGUUGGGGACUUUGAAUAUUCUCAACUCAUCUUCGAUCAAGAGUGCUGCGUCAGGUGUGAUUCACGGAGAGACAAUACCGCUCAAUCUCCCGUUGAACGCCUUCAUACAGCCCAUGAACCCUGUUAGAAAGCCAUGUUCUCAUAAACUCAUUGCAAAGGGCCACGCGAACGACGACGAGUUAGACAUGAACACUCAAGGAUCAAGUCAUUGGGAUGGCCUCCGGCAUUAUCCCUACCAAGAAACCCUUCAAUAUUACAACGGCGUGACACAAGAUGAUAUUUCUGGCUCGAACGCGAAUUCGAAACUCGGAGUGCAUAACAUAGCUCAAAAGACUAUCACUGGACGUGGAGUACUUUUGGAUUGGUUCUCCUGGGCUACUGAGCAAAACAUCAGCAUCGAUCCCUUUUCAGCUCACGGCAUUCCCCUGUCCGAGCUGGAGGCCGUAGCAGCUGCACAGAAAGUUCAGUUCCAACCCGGUGACAUCCUUCUCGUCCGCACCGGGUGGCUUCAGUCCUACAGAGCCCUCCCUCUGGAGGAACAGGCCGCAUUGCCACAUCGGAAAGUCCGCUCUAGUUGCGGGGUGGAGGCGAGCGAGGAGGCAGUUCGUUGGCACUGGGAUAAUGCGUUUGCCGCUGUGGCAUCUGACACCGUUGCCUACGAAGCGUGGCCGAGCCCGAAGCCGUGGGGCGUGAGCAUGCACGAAGUUUUCCUUAGCGGAUGGGGAAUGCCGAUUGGAGAGAGUUUCGACUUGGAAGAGUUGGCUUCAAGAUGCAAACAAGAACAAAGGUGGUCUUUCAUGUUUGUCAGUGUGCCGUUGGCCGUUCCUGGAGGGGUUGCGAGUCCACCAGGGGCUGUGGCUAUUUUGUAG